AUUCGCAUCGCAACCAUAAUCGCGUGAGGUAUGGCCAAGGCCUUCGGCUUACCGUCCUCAUACCAAAAAUGGACAUGGACAAAUCUAGAGUGAGCGACAAAACCCUAGAAAUUAUCCUCAUUGUGUGCAUGCCACCAUUGGCAGUUCUCCAUUCCACGAAAGAAUGCACAAUUGAUGUUCUCAUCGACGCCCUUCUCACUCUGUUUUGGAUUCCUGGACAAUUGUACGCCAUAUGGUACUGCUUCUUCAGAGAAUACUCCACAAAGAAGCCAGAACUCACACAAUGAGCUCCGCGACUACUUAUGAGUAUAUAAGUUACCUUUUGCCGUAAUUAUUUUUACCGCUAUCAUAAACCUUGAAAAAUGC